UCCACCGCCUGCCGGGUCCACGCGCUCAGGGUGGGGCGGGGCGAGAGGGCGGUGCUGGACUCACUAGGACCCCUGCUCACCAGGGUCGCGGCUGCAGCGGCAGGAAGAUGAACGGCGCAGAUUCCCCCAAGCCUCCUGUUGCUCCCAAGCCUAAGACAACUGCUUUCAAGUUCCCUGCCUCUCCCAGGGCUGAGGGUCCGCACAGCCCCAGCCCUAUGUCCCGGGGCCCUAAGCCACCCCUGGCACCAAAGCCCAGGCUGGCAGGCCCUGCAGGGUGCAGACCUGGGGCACACGUGAACCACCAGCUCUUCAAGUGCAGCAACGGCCAGCUGCCAUGCGGGGCCAGGGACUCCCCUAACCCUGAAUGCUCUGGAUCCGAGACAGAUGAAGACAUUUUCACGGGCCCCUGGGCUGCACCAGAAGAGGAUACAGCCAAGGACAUGGGCAGCGCUGGGGAGGAAGCCUGUGUGGAUGGAGGCAUUGAGGAAGCAGGGGACACUCAGGACCUGAUACUGCCUGCCGGAGAGGAAGGCCCUGAAGAUGAGCAGGAGGAGGAGGAUGGCAGCCAUGGCUCAGGGACAGGGGAGCUGCUUCCCGUGGGUGAGGAAGAGGAGGAGCCAGGGGGAAGACCUGGCCCAUGUGACCUAGAGGACAGCCAGCAUGAAGCCUCCUGGACCCACGAGGUUCCCCGUGAAGAGCCUGGGCUGCCUGGGGACACUACAGAAGUAGAAGAGGAUGGUGAGGAGGGCCAUUGCCAUUCAGAGCCAGACAGUGGACAGGAGGUAGGCAAGGCCAGUGAGGAGCCCGCCUCUUUUGAGGAGCCCGAGUGCAAGGAGCCUUCGUGUGAGGAUGAGGAAACCCCUGAAUAUGAGGGUGAGGAGCCCCCUGAGCAUAAAGAGCCCCUUGAGUAUGAGGAGCCCUCCAGGUGUGAGGAGCUCCCUGAGGAUGAAGAGUCCCUCAAGUGUAUGGAGCCCCCCAGGUGUGAGGAGUUGACACCCUGUGCCCAGGAGUCCGUACCAGUCCCAGAGUGCUUUGGCAGUCCUCAAGAGCAGAGCAUGGACAUACAGCCUGACCAGGAUGAGCCAUCUGAGCCCGAUGGGAAGGACACCCAGGAUGGGAGAGGCCCUGGAGCUGCUGAGGACCUUAUGCCAACUGAGCCCCCUGAGGAAAGCUGCCAGAUCAUCCCUUUUGAGAGCAGCAGUGUGGAGGACCUGGUGGUGGCCCUUGAGGGGAGUGCCUAUGAACUCUUCCCCAGUGAGAGCACCUCCUUCUGUGGUGAUAGCUGUGCCCCUGUCAUGCUUGCAGGCAGCAUGGAAUCAGAACCAGGCCCCAAAUGGGAUGUGCCCAGCACAGGGACUGCAGGUGACAAGAAAGCUGAAGCUGGGGCGGCACCCCCUGUCCCUAACGUGGUUGUCCUACCAGAGGAUGAGGGUACCACAGAUGUGGCUUGCAAUGACCCCUGCAUGACAGAGUCAAAGGAAGACACAGCCUGUGACACUGAGGGCGGCCUGGUGCCUGGGGACAAGAGGAACGUUGUCCCCUGGGCCUGGCCCCACUCUGGGAAGGUAGCUGGCUGUGUCCCAGAGACCGUCCCUGAAGAGUCUGGCCCUGAAGCUGGGUCCUCGGCUGUGGGCAUCGCCAAGGAGGCAGGGAGGCCGGUGUUGCCCCUCGAGGCUGGCUGGGCCCUGCAUCCACGCUCCUUCUCCGUGGAGGGCCGUGAGCCACCGGGAGUUGCAAACCGGGAACCCCAGGGCACUGGCCUGGACCUGCACCGCAUGAAGAGGAAAGAAGACAACCUGUCGCUGCCCUGUGUGAUCGGCUCGUCUGGCAGCUUUUCCCAGAGCAAGCACCUGCCAUCCAGUGGCACUUCGACGCCCUGCUCACUGGUGGACAUCCCACCACCAUUCGACCUGGCCUGUGUCACCAAGAGGCCAGUCACCAAGAGCUUCCCAUCGCUGCUGCUGGACAGUGAGGCCCCAGACAAGACCACCAAGAAGAAGAAGUCAUCCUUUAAGCGCUUCCUGGCACUGACCUUCCGGAGGAAGACAGACAGCAAGGCGCAUGUGGACACUGGCCUGGCCUCCUCCCGGUCCUCAUCUGAGUCCAGCUACCAUGGGCCCUGCCGCCUCCUGGAUGGGGACCGGCGGAGCCUAGGCAGCUCCCCGCAGCUCAGGGCCCAGGUCGGGAAGCCGAGGGCUCCUGAGUCUCCCGCUUCGCUGCUCUUCUCCAAGGAUGGCAGGAGGAGGGGUGUCCCCUUCAGUAGGACAGUCUCCAGGGUGGAGUCCUUUGAAGACCGCUCACGGCCACCUUUCCUGCCACUGCCACUGACCAAGCCACGCUCCAUCUCCUUCCCCAAUGCUGACACGUCCGACUAUGAGAACAUCCCUGCCCUGAGCUCCGACUAUGAGAACAUUCAGCUUCCACCUCGAAGGCCGGCCAGGCCUGGCACAUUCACCAAGCUCUUCGAGGAGCAGAGCCGGGCUCUGUCUGCCGCCAACGAGAAUGAUGGCUACGUGGACAUGAGCAGCUUCAGUGCUUUUGACAGCAGGGUGCAGAGCACGGAGCCUGAAGCCGAGAGUGCCUACACAGAGCCCUACAAAGUUUGUCCCAUCUCAGCGAUGACACCCAGAGAGAACCUUGGAUCUGAGGAAGAGCAGAGUAGCUCUGAGGAGGAAGACGGCACCCUGAGGGACCCCAGCAUCACCAAUAAGGUGGAAGGACCAUCUCGAGCCCUGGUCAUCGCACAGGAGCUGCUGUCGUCAGAGAGAGUGUUCCUGCAGACGCUGGGGCCCGUGUGCCUGGAUUUCCAUGCUGCUGUCAUGAGGGCCCUGGACAAUGUGGAGGACACGCAGGCACAGGAGGAGCUGCGGCAGGGACUGGACGAGCUGCCCGCCAUCCAUGCACUGCACCAAGGCAUCCUGCAGGAGCUGGAGCAGAGGCUGGGUGAUGGGGAGGGCCCAUCGCAGGUGGCUGACAUCUUCCUGGCCCGUGAGCAGGAGUUCGAGCACCACGCGGUGCUGAUUCUGCACUUUGACAGAAGUCUGGCUCUGCUUGCCCAGACCUGCACCCGCUGUCCCCACCUGGCUGCCACCAUCCGUGACUUCGAGCAGCAGGGUGGCCAGCGGGUGAAGCAGCAGCUGCUGGCAGUGGUGCGGCGCCCAUUCCAGUACCACGUGCUCCUUACAGACUAUCUGAACAACCUCUGCCCAGACUCAGCAGAGUAUGAUAACACACAAGGUGCGCUCACACUCAUCUCCACCAUCACUGACCGUGCCCACGACAGCAUGGAGCAGGGGGAGAACCUGCAGAAGCUGGUCCACAUUGAGCACAGUGUCAGUGGCCAGGGCGACCUUCUGCAGCCAGGAAGGGAAUUCCUGAAGGAGGGGACACUGAUGAAGGUGCGAGGGAAGGACAGGCACCCCCGGCACCUGUUCCUGAUGAGUGACGUGCUGCUGUACACCCACCCCCAGAAGGACGGAAAGUACCGGCUCAAGCGCUCACUGCCCGUAGCUGGCAUGAAGGUCAGCCGGCCAGUGAUGGAGAAUGUGCCCUAUGCCCUGCGCAUCGAGACUGCUCAGAGCUGCCUGACACUGUCAGCCAGCUCCUGCGCUGAGAGGGACGAGUGGCACAGCUGCCUAAGCAGGGCCGUCCCCGAGGACCACGAGGCCCAGGCCCUGGCCGCCUUUCACUACAGCGCAGAGCUCCGCGAGAGGCUGGGGGUCAGCCUAGGGGAGCGGCCACCUACGCUGGUGCCCGUCACACAUGCUGUGAUGUGCAUGAACUGCGGCUGCGACUUCUCCCUCACGCUGCGACGUCACCACUGCCAUGCCUGCGGCAAGAUUGUGUGCCGGAACUGCUCAAGGAACAAGUACCCCCUGAAGUACCUCAGGGACCGAAUGGCUAAGGUGUGCGACGGGUGCUUCGGGGAGCUGAGGAAGAGGGGCGGGACCCCGCCGGCCACCCUGCGAGAGCGGCCUGUGACCAUGAGCUUCCCACUGUCUUCACCCCGCUUCUCCUCGGGCAGUGCCCUCUCCUCCGUCUUCCACAGUAUCAACCCUUCCAACUUCAAGAAGCAGAAGAAAGUUCCGUCAGCCCUGGCAGAGGUGGCUGCCUCAGGUGAGGGCUUGGCCAUCAGUGGCUACCUCAGCCGGUGCAAGCGGGGCAAGCGGCCGUGGAAGAGACUAUGGUUUGUCAUCAAAGGCAAAGUGCUCUACACCUACACAGCCCAUGAGGACAAAGUGGCCACAGAGAGCAUCCCUCUGUUGGGCUUCACCAUUGCGCCGGGGAGGGAGGAGGGCAACAGCGACCCCAGUCCUGUGUUCCACCUUUACCACAAGAAAACACUGUUCUACAGCUUCAAGGCCGAGGACACCAGUGCCGCCCAGAGGUGGAUGGAGGCCAUGGAGGAUGCCAGCGUGUUAUAGCAUUGCCCAAGGCGGGACUGGAGCAAGCUUUUAGGGGACAGGUGACUCUGCUGGGAACCACGCUGCAGCCCCACCCACCCAGCACUCAGCCAGAGACUGCAGAGGAUUGCCAAGCCUGGCCUGUACCAUCCUGCUUCCUGGCCUGCCGUGAAUGAUUUCCAUACCCAGCAGUGAGCUAACAUGGAGUAACCUGAAAACGCGGAAACCGAUAGCAACUUCAGGUAGAAAUGCAGGCUUACAAUAGAAACAGCUUUCUCAGUCUGUCCUUACGGUAGAUUCAUCACCUUUUCAUGGCGUCCACGGGGACUCAGGUGAUGUGAGUGGUGGUGGUGACAGCUGCUGUCCUCCCAAGCACUUUAUCGUCCUGCUGAGCUGCAGCCUUCAGUUCCAGGUUUCCCAAGGCUUUACUGCAUCCCAUGGACAUUGGGCCACCCAAGCAGGCCACUACCCACCCAGCAACAAUGAGGCAGGGGGGUCCUCUUUUCGGCUGAGCACUCAGCAGCAUCCUUACCCGGGUGGGGCUUUUUCCAUCCCUCCACAGUAUCCUCCAUGCCCCCCAGGUCCCCAUGGACCCUCAGAAGACGGCAUCAGCUCUAAUUUAUUGUGUGCCUUCCUGCGCCUGCCACUCACGUGGGCAAUGCGAGUUUACAGACCCGUCCUCCCCAGAUACACCGUGGCUAUUUCCUGAAAGACGUGAAAAGGGAGAGAAAACAGGAGAUCAGAAGGUGAACAGGAGUGGCUGGAAGAGGAGACGCUGUGCCCUGGGGCUAUGAUGUUACUGCGGGUUCUGAGGGCACAGGCUUGAGGGCAGUGUCCCAUCCCCAGCAGGAGUGUGGCUGCUGCCAGGCUCUCAUCGUGGACACUGUAAAGAACCACUAUCUGAGGACUAGUUAUUUACAUUCAGUAUUUCCAGGGAAACGUUUUUUCUAGUUUGCAGUUCUUUCAAAACGUUUACAUUAAACAUGUCCUGAUUCAAA